AUGGAAAAUGAAAAUCUGGUGAAUUACUUGUUAAGAAAUUUUUCGAUUUACCUGUCCAUAGAACACGGCGGCGACCCAAACUUCGUCUCUACCAAGAUUUCUCGCAUAAGAGUGAGGAAAAGAGAGGUUCCCGAAAAACCUCGUGAAUUUAGGAAAGAUGGGAAGGCUUCGGAUAAUUUGGAGCAUCAUGCCGUCGUCAGCACAUUCGAUUUAUUUAGCGUCGGUAUAGGUCCAUCUUCAAGUCAUACGGUUGGACCAAUGCGGGCAGCCAAGAUUUUUAUCACAGAUCUGAAGAACCAUGAAAUAUUCGAUAAGGUAAACAGAAUAAGAAUCGAUCUAUACGGAUCGCUCGCCUUGACCGGAAGAGGCCACGGAACGCCCAGCGCCAUAUUAAUGGGAAUGGAAGGUGAAAUACCCGAAGAGAUCGAUACAACCAAAAUAACUUCUAGGAUUGAGAAGAUCAAAGAAACUGAACUUCCUCAGCAUCCCAAUGGUAUGAGAUUUUUGGCGUUUGACGAAGAAGGCAAUCUCCUGAUCACUGGAGAGUUCUUCUCGAUAGGCGGAGGCUUCGUGGUGAACGAGACCACCGUCCAAAAACAUGGCGAUAACGUUUUUUACAAGGAAUAUGACAAAUCAUCCGUCGAUUUACAACGUGCGAAGCAAGACAAAGCUGUCACAUUUGCCGCACUGCCAUUUCGAAAUGCCGAAGAAUUGUUACAGGUUUGCAAAAGAGAAAACAUGACAAUCGCUCAAGUCGUUUAUCGAAACGAACUUCAUUGGAGAAGCGAGAGUGAGAUUCGUCGGAAAUUGAUGGACAUUUGGAAUACAAUGAACCAAAGUAUAAAAAAUGGAUGUUCGAGCGGCGAAGAGUAUUUACCCGGCAGUUUAAAAGUUAGAAGGAGAGCUCCGGGAUUAUACAGAAAUUUGUUGAAUAGAUCGGUCUCGAUCAAUGUGUUGGCACCACGCAAUAUCAUAGAGCCGCCGACUAUAGGGGAGAGCAAGGAAAUCAUCAAAUUUCUCUCGAAAAGUACCCGGAAGAAGCUAAAUUUACCGGCAUUGGAUUUUCUUUCAUUGUAUGCUAUCGCGGUGAACGAAGAGAAUGCUGCUGGUGGGCGCGUGGUAACCGCGCCUACAAAUGGUGCGGCCGGAGUAAUUCCUGCUGUGCUCAAGUAUUAUUUGGAUUUUAUUUCCGAGAAUCAUGAAAAUGAUAUCAUGGCAUUCUUGUUUACUAGUGCAGCAAUUGGUAUGAUUUACAAGAGGGGCGCAAGUAUUAGUGCAGCCGAGAUGGGUUGCCAGGGUGAAGUUGGUGUUGCAUGUAGCAUGAGUGCAGCAGGACUUGCUGCGGUGUUGGGCGCAACCCCAAAACAGGUGGAAAACGCGGCAGAAAUAGGGAUGGAACACAAUCUAGGCUUAACGUGCGAUCCAAUCAAUGGACUGGUGCAAAUACCGUGUAUAGAACGUAACGCACUAGGAGCUGUAAAAGCUGUCACCGCUGCUCAGUUGGCGUUGAAUGGUGAUGGAUAUCACCGAGUCACUUUAGAUCAAGUGAUUGAGACCAUGCGUCAAACUGGUAUUGACAUGAAAAGUAAAUAUAAAGAAACAAGUCAGGAUGUGGACGACGGGGAUACAGUGAUGGAUUACCUGAAACAAGAACGUGAAAGGGGUAUCACCAUAACCUCUGCUGCUAUUACAUUUGCCUGGAGGAAUCAUCGUAUAAACUUGGUAGACACUCCAGGUCACGUUGAUUUCACAAUUGAGGUUGAACGCAGCGUGCGCGUGCUUGAUGGAGCCGUCACAAUAUUGGACGCUGUUUCAGGAGUUGAAGCUCAAACCCAAACGGUCUGGGCACAGGCCGAUCGUUACGGUAUACCAAGAAUUGCUUAUAUUAACAAGAUGGAUAGGGUUGGCGCUGGAUUCGGGCGGACGGUUAGAGAGAUGGUGUAUAAGCUCGGCACUAGACCAUUAGUUUGUCAGAUACCUGUGGUAAAAAAGGACAAAGGAAAAAAUUCAUUUACUGGGGUGGUUGACCUUUUGGACAUGCAGGUGCUGGAUUGGGACAAGGACCCAAAUGGCUCUGUUAUUAGCAAGACACUGUUAACAGAGAAAUAUCCAAUGACAGAAUUGUUUAAAGAAGCAAUAAAAGGAAGAUCGAGUUUGGUAGAAGCUUUGUCAGAGAUGGACGAUCAACUAUUGGAAUUAUUGCUGGAGACCGAAGAUCCUAUGAAGAUCACUACAAAAGAUAUCAAACAGGCACUAAGAAGAGUUGUCUUGAAUGGAAAAGUUGUUCCCGUAUUUUGCGGUGCAUCCUUUCGUAAUAUCGGUGUUCAGCCAUUGAUGGACGCAAUAGUUGAGUACCUACCUUCUCCCUUGGAUCGUCCAACUCCCAUGGCUAUUUCGUCAGACGAUCGACCAGUUAACAUUCAACUGGAAGGGAACGAAAAAUUGUGCGCCCUUGCCUUCAAGGUCGUGCAUGAUCCUAACCGCGGUCCAAUGGUUUAUGUUCGUAAACUCGACAAUCGGAUGGCAUUGUAUAACACGAAUACAUGUAAAAAGGAACGAGUUAAUAAAUUGUUGCAGGUGUAUGCGAAUGAUGUGGAGGAGAUUCCAUCGAUCUCGGCUGGUAAUAUAGGCGUAAUUGUGGGUCUCAAAGAAACGAGAACCGGAGAUACCCUUAUACAGGUUAACGACACACGAAAAAACAUUAAAUUACAGAGCAUCGAGAUUCCAGCACCGGCAUUUUAUUGUGCCGUGGAGGCAGCUGGAUUAUCUGACGAAAAACCGCUCGAAAAUGCACUCAAGAAUGUAUUGAGAGAAGAUCCUUCUCUUCGUGUUCACGUUGAUCCAGACUCUGGGCAAACAUUGAUUAGUGGUAUGGGAGAGCUUCACUUGGAAAUUGUCAAAGAUCGUUUGGUCAAUGAGUACAAGGUUAACGCAGAAUUGGGAAAGAUGCGCGUGUCGUACAGGGAGACAGCAACAAUGGAAAAUAUUGAUUAUACCUAUCUAUACGAUCGCGAAAUUAUGGGAAAGAGAGCAAAGGCGAAGGUUUCCUUAUUCAUUACUCCUCUGCCUGAAAAUGAUCGUGGAUUGCCCGAAGAAGGAGGAAAUAGGAUAGUGUUUGAAAAUUUUCAGAAGGUUGAAGGCGUUCCGGAAACCGAACAGGAAAUAAAUAAUCAACAAAGAGCCAAAUUGUCAGACGAGGAAAUUGAAAGUGCACUGCGUACCGGAAUAAUAUCGGGCCUAUGUAGAGGCCCAAUUCUUGGAUUUCAAGUGACGGGACUUUUGGUAAAGGUACAUUCAAUACAAUUAUUUGGUGACGAAUCAACAAGGACAGCGAUUAGCUCCUGUGCAUCACAAGCACUUGCUCUUGCACUUAAAGAAGGAAAACCUGUGCUGCUCGAACCAUUAAUGAACGUAAAUAUUGAUUUAUCGGAAGAAUAUCUGGGUAAUGUCCUUAGUGACCUAUCCGGAACACGCCGCGGAAAUAUCCUAGGGGUAGAUACGGCUGGAGGUGCGUCCGAACAUGUUGAUCAAAUUACCGAGGUAUAUGCACCACCAGAUCCUACGUACAUCUCAUCCACCCAGGAUUCGGUUUUUAAAUCAAGAAAAGUGAUCCAUGCGCAAGCACCAUUGUCAACAAUGUUGGGAUAUUCAUCAGCACUGAGGUCGUUAACUGGGGGAACGGCAUCCUUUGAUAUGAGAGUUCAUUCAUUUGGGAUGAUGAGCGAGGAUCGAGCUAAAACUGUAAUUCGCGAGACUCUAGGUAGCUACUAA